ACUACCUGUCAGUCCGCGCUGCAUGGUACAUGUCGGACAAGAAUGAAUUCCAUUUCAAGCCGAGACAUUCAGUCUGGAGUUCAUGGGAUUAUAUAAACUCCUACGUGUUUAAGGGAGGUGGAGACAGUUUUGCCACCCCCUCCUCCAUCCUUGACUGAAAGCACCAACUAAUUUUGCACAAGGGAGACACUUGAAGCACUCCCAAAGCACUUGUAAUGGAGGCUUCCGAAGACUAUCGUACUAGUAACGGCCAAUGCUCUCCUGGUAAGGAGAACUCGAGAAUGUUGGCGGAUAUAUCAGCACCUAAUGGACAGACAGUUCCUCAGGGUCCUAAUUCCCCUGGUGAACUGAUAAUUAAGCAAGAAGAAGAAAUCACAGAAGAGGCUGACAACAGAAGUCCAGCACCCGAAGAAAUAGGCCAAACAGGAGAAGAAGUAGUAGCACUGGAGGAAUCCAUGAGUGGCAGCCCAAACAACACACAGGAUGGAUUAUCUGGGCCAAAUGUGACAGCCGAAUCUGGAAAUCGACAAGCAAACGGAGACAGGCCGUUCCAGUGCAACCAGUGUGGUGUGUCGUUCACCCAGAAGGGAAACCUGCUACGACACAUCAAGCUCCAUACAGGUGAAAAACCCUUCAAAUGCCCCUUCUGCAGCUAUGCCUGCCGGCGGCGCGAUGCCCUCACUGGUCAUUUGCGCACUCAUGCUGUUGGCAAACCACAUAAGUGUAACUACUGUGGGCGAAGUUACAAACAGCGGACAUCUCUAGAGGAACAUAAAGAGCGUUGCCAUGGUUACCUGCAGGGUAUCGGCUUGGAUCGCAAUGCCAACACUGGGCCUUACACAGGUGAGAUUCCAAAAGAGACAAGGUCCAUGCCAGAGCCCAACACCAUGGCUACCUUUGAUAGGCCACCUGUGAUUGAAAGGCUGCAUAGUAAUGUAGGCAAGAGGAAGAGCACCACACCUCAGAAAUUUGUGGGUGAAAAGAUGGCUCGCUAUAGCUAUACUGAACUACCCUAUGACACUGGCCUUGGCAAGUAUGAGAAGCAGGCUGAAAUGAUUCCAGCCCACAUGAUGGACCAGGCUAUCAACAAUGCCAUCACAUACCUGGGACCAGACACCUUGCGUCCCAUGCUCCACCAUCCUGGUCCUUCUCUGUCUAUGGCUGACAUGGUGCCCAUUGUCAACCCACUCUUCCCUCAUGUCCUACCAAUGGGCCAACGAACAGAACGUUCGGGAAACUGUGACACACUACCAACACAGCCGCCUCAGCCCCAUGAGUUCCCCAGUUAUCCCACCUCAAAUGGCCCCACUGGUUUAAUAAGGCCAGGUAAGCAGCCCCAACAAGGGCAAGAAGAAUCACCCAGCAACAGUGGUGUUGAAUCUGCUGACUCAGCUCGCAGCAGCCCUCAGGACAGGCACGGCUACCAUGGCAGCAAUGCCCCUAUGGGUCUCAGGUCCCAUGCCAGUCCAGCAGUGGUCUAUUCAGGUGAGCGGGUUAGAGAUGCAUCACCUAGAAGUGGGGCAGGAGUGGGGGCUGGGAUAAUGCGACUGGCUACAGAGAGAGCUGGGAGCCAGGAAGGGGUACGAGUGUUUGGACGGGAGGGCCAGGAAUUAAGGGCCUUCCAGUGUGAGCACUGUCGAGUACUCUUCCUGGAUCACGUCAUGUACACCAUCCACAUGGGUUGCCACGGAUACAGAGAUCCACUGGAGUGCAACAUCUGUGGACACCGGAGCAAGGACCGCUAUGAGUUCUCCUCUCACAUAGUACGUGGUGAACACACCUUCCAGUAAGAGGAUGGGUAGAAAUUUAGGGAAAGACAAAAUAAGUGAAAGGAGCAAUACCCUGAUAUCCGUCCUUCUCUCCUCUGAGACUGCGUUGUUGAAUAGCACUGUAGACAAGUGUAGCACAAUCACAGACUUCUUUUUAAGCUACUUAUUGUGAAUUUGAACAGUUAAAUAAUCACAUGAAGGUAUGGGCCAAAGACACAUUUUUUUUUAACUAUUUAAUUGCAGUUAAUGAAAAGGAAGGACAUUUUUUUUUUCAAAAUCUUAUUAGAUUCUUUAUCAGAGCAGCUGUCAGAGGGCAUUGACGAGUGGUUUUUUUUUCAGUCUAUUCUGAAGUAUCUUCUUUUGUGUUUCUCUCUCGCCAUGCUUUUAUUUGUGAUAAAUGUUUGCAUUCUUAAGACAUGCAUGUAGAUGGUAGAUUAGAACAUGUUUCUGCCCUGUGGUCUCAAUGUGGUUGAUAAAAAUCAGUUUCAGGUUCACCAGACAAAACAUCAUGGCUGCAGGUGGUGUGUAAUGAUGCUUAAAAAAAUAUCAUUUUCUUUUACAAACUAGUAGCACUUAUUCAUUAUUGUACAAAUUGAUCAUCAGUGCUAUCAAAUGUAAUAAUGUACUGAAUACAUUCUGGCUCUAUUGGGCAUGCCAAGACUUUAGACUGUGCUAUCAACCCCCCAUUAAUAGAUAAACAAGCUAAUUUUUUGGACAAACUUUCCCAUGAAUAUAAAUUUUUUUAAAGAGAGAAAAUGUAGGCUUUGUAUGUAAUUUAUAAAGACAAGUGUCGAUACAAAUGGCAAAUAAAUGUAUCCAUAAACAGAAAAAGAAAAAUACAGAUGCAUAUAACAUUGCCUUGCAAAAUUAAAUAAGACUGUUUACAGGAAUAUUACGGUUUGUGUACACUGUUAUAUUCCUGUUUUAGCUAUUGGUAUCUGCCUCUCUCAUAAUUAACAGUUGAACAGAUUGAAUAUUGAAAUUAUUGAAGGCAUUAUUAUUGUAUUAUGCUAUUUUAAAUUUCUGCAAAUGGUGCACGUUUUUUGUUACCGUAUCAUACCACCCAUAUUUUCCAUCUCUCAGGGGCUUGUAAGCAUUUAUGAACCAUUAGUGCAGAAAAAGAAACCACCAGCUUCCUGUUGGUGGUUUGUCUAUUUUGUAAUUUUAAAAUCCUGUCAAAUAAAAAAGAAACUCCCUAAAAAAGAAAAUCUUAAGCAACAAUUGAAAAUGACUUUAGGCUAAUCUUAACCUGAUAAAGGUAUAUUUUAAAUAUGCAGACUGGAGAACAAAAGAAAACCAUUUGCAGAUUUAACAAUUUUGUAAAUCAAAAUGUAUAUUUUGAUCCUGGAUUGGACUAGAAUUAUCAUGAGGUUGCUUAGCAGAGCACUGAGAAUACAGUGAAUUUGGAAUUAGAUUAUCUUAUAUAUUUAUCAAAGACAAAUUUCAGUUUGUCUUACAUUUUGAGCUCUUCCUAUUCAUAUCUCAUGAAAUUGAAAUUGUUGCUUGUAUCGAAACUUAUUUCUCUCUGUUAUAAUCAACCUCCAUUUAAAAAAAACAGGAAGUAAGAAAAAUCAGUCUGAAAGUUAAAAGUAAAAAGUAUUUCUAGUAAAUCUUGUUGUCCCUAUGACUUUAAAAAGUACAGUCAUGGACAUAUUUUUCUCAUUUAUUUUCUUUCUCUAAGCUUUCAGGGUAAGAUGUCCAAAUAAAUAAACUUUUUUUUUUGUUCCCUUGUGGAAUACUACUGUGUCCUGUUGACUCAGAUGUUGUGUUGCUUACAGUUUGAGUAUUCUAAACGUUGAGUAUGAUGCAGUAGUUUGUUUAAAACUGGCAGACCACAUGGACAGCAUUAAAAAAAAAAGCAGAUGGUGGUAUAGGAAUGGUUUCCUUUUUGAUGGAUUAAUGAUUGUGAAGUCAUUUAACUGGCUGGCUGCAGUAUGAUUCUUUAUGGCAGUGGAUACCAAAGUGACAGCGCUGGAUGUUCUCUAUUGUACCUCACUUCGUGCUUUACUGUAUGCUUUUCUUUAUUACCUAAUCCACUUUUUGAAUUAAUCAGAAUGUGUGUGUGUGUGUGUGUGUGUGUGUGUGUGUGCGCGCAUACGUGCGUGUGUGUGUUUGUGUUUGUAUGUGUGUGUAAUCAUUCUAUUUGUAGACAUGACUAAUAUAAGGAAAUGUCUUUUUUUCUAAAGCUAAAUUCCUAAAAUUGUCAUGUAAUAAUAUAUUAUUGAUCUGAUCUUGUUUGCUUAAGGCUGCCUUUACUCCACUCCUCAUAAGCCCCAUCUCCCACACAAGCAGAUACACACUAAUGUCUGUUUCUCUUCAUUGCUCUCGGAAUGUCACUCUUUGAAUUGCCAUAAUGUUACCAAAUUUAUGUAUGACCUUUGACAAAGGGGACCUAGAAAGAGACAGUAUGAGCAAGAGGACAAGUUCAAGGUUUGUGAGUACCGUGUACUACUACUCUGAAGACUCUUCCGAAAAUUGUAGCAUCCCAAAUUGAUUCUUUAAACCUCUAACAUUCAAGGCUCAUGCAACUGUAAAGGGGUAGUAGGAGAUUACCACCUCUGAACUUGCUUGUCCGUCAUCUAGCAGUACAUUGAAGGAUAACACAUUGUGAUCCAUGAGGCCAGUUCUUUCAAAGUUACUGUCUCUUCUGUGAAAGGACUCAGAUAAGACUGUGCUUGGUACAGUAGGUCAUGCACUUUAUGUCUCUUUAAAGCAGAAAUGUAAAAUGUUUUCUAGUUUUAAUGUUGAAGUGUAGUUACAAUUCCGAAUAAUCACUGUCAGAACACAAUUUAGACUUUUGAAAGAACCAUCUUGGAGUGGCACACUGGAAAUUAAGACUUUAUGUCCAUGCUGUCUAAUGAACAUGUACUAUUUUUAUUGAAUUAGGACUCAAAAAACUGUUGGUAUUAUUAGUUUUGAACAUCUAUUGUCUGACAUCAAGAAGAGGCUAUUACACUCUAAGGUUAAACUCAGUGAACUCUUCUUUUUGUUCAAUAUCUACUUGUAAUCAAAAGGCAGCUUUUUCUCUGUUUACAUGUUGCUUCUUUUUAUGUGCAACUGGUGCCCAGCUAGCAUAAAAAAACUUACAAUUUGUAAAGUUUUUGGCACUAGAAAUUGUUUACAUCUUGCAGCUGUGAUAUUGACUCUGUACAUUCCUCUAUCAUAUUAUUUCUGUAUAUUUUUGCCUCUAAAAACAAAAACAAAAAAAAACUUUAUCAGUUUAUUUAUCCUUUGGUAAAAUCUAUGUUAAGGAUACCCAGAUUUUUCUCUCUCUAUCCCAGUACAGAACAGAACAGCUUAAAUUUAAUGUAGGAUAAUAUAUUAAAGUUUCUUUUUUCUUAGGGUUGAGUUGUAUUCAGUAACACUCUUUGGGAUACAGGUAUAUCACAGUUAUAUUUAUCUAUCUGUUGACAGAUAGACAUAUUUUUGUCUCACUUUUUUUCUGUACUAAAGCAGCCAUAUAAACAAACAAAAAAAAUAUAACAAAAAAAAAAAAAAGGUCUAUUGUCAGCUUUCCUAGUGAGUGAGGACUUUACUUGAAAGAUUAAUGCUGUUGUUACAGAUUAGGGGAAUGUUUUUUGUACAGUGUGGUAAAUGUCUAUUUUUCUGCUGAAAUGUUGCAAAUAGUUUUGUGAACUUUGUGUGUGUUUUUUUUAUUAUUUAAAAUGUUUACAAAAAAUGUAAAAGGCAGGGUUCCGGGUGCAUUGUAUUUUUAAGAAACAAUACAAACAGUGUAUAUUUGGCACUGAAUAUGAAAAAUUAUCCAUAUAUGUGUGCUGAUUGAUCAACUUUGAUAUCGAUACCAACUUUCUGAUGUGAGGGCUCUCAGGUAUUUACAUAGGUUGUUUAUUUUUACGUCUCAAAAUAUGUGAUUUAUUUAUGAAAAAAAGAUGCAUAUUGAAUUUAAAUUCUAUGAUAAUUUCUCUGGACUUAACACUGAAUACGGUGAAGGAAGUUGGAGUAUUCUUAAGCCCUUUUUUUUUUUCAAUAACAACCAUACAUGAAGACACACUGCUGUGAAGAAUUCAGUGUAUAUUUUGAGGCAUGACAUUCUCUUUACUCUAGACAUGGUUUUACUGCUUUGUCGGAUUCAUGAAUUUUGAGACAGGAGGA